AUGCCUCGAAACGCCUGUACAUCGUGCCGCCUGAGUAAGCACGAGACGGUCGGGCUGGACAUUGGCCGCGGCAGACCAGAAGAGAUACUACGCGAAGCUCAAUUUGCACAGUCCCUCCUGCUUCUCUACUUUAGCAACUUUGGCGACGUCCACUUUCUCUUCGACGAAGAGGUGUUCCUACGCCGCUAUGCUCUGAGCGAGGUCUCGGAAAUGGUGCUUUUCGCCAUGAUGGCGCUGAGCAUUCGAUUCUCUGUGGCGCCAUUCCGCGAGGCACUGUCGCCGGCCCACCGGGGUGAAAUCUUGUUCGAACACGCGAGGAGCCUUGUCCAGGAGGAGUGGGACCGGCCCUCUAUCGCCGUGGCGCAGGCAUAUGUGCUGCUUGCAACAUACAAACUGGUGUACGGCGGGGCACGACAGGCGUUUCUCUAUCUUGGCUUCGCUGCGAACAUGGUCAAAGUCCUUCGCUUGCUAGACACAAGUGCAGAAAUUGACCCUGUCCGUCUUGAGUGCAGCCGCCGACUGGCAUCGACCGUUGCCCUCAUGGAUCGUCUCUGCCUCAGCUUCUGGGCACCGAAAUGGAUGGUCGGCUGA